CUGCUCUGCUCUUCUUCCCUUUCCCUCCCUCGCGACUUCCUCCGCGGCCGCGCGAUUCUUGCGCCCUUCCUUCGCUCUCCCCGCAGCUAAAUUACGGUUCCGCCCCUGGCCCCGCACCGUGUCCGGGGUCAUGGAGCAAGCCUCGGGGUCGGGGCCCCCUCCGCCGCCGGCGCCCGCGGCCGAGCGAGACAUGGGCUUCGCCGAGCGCUCCCUCGCGGCGGCCGGCGCGGCCGUCGUGUCCGCCAUCCUCGUCAACCCCCUCGACGUCGCCAAGACUAGGUUGCAAGCGCAAGCUGCUGGAGUUGUCUAUAAUCCUAUAUGGUCAGAUUUUAGGUGCUAUCCAUCAUGCAGCACUGGUGGGAUCAAUGGUUUUGGCCCAUCUUGCAGUCCUGAAUGCUUUCAGUACAGGGGAACUAUGGACGUGUUCUCUAAAGUUACUAGACAGGAAGGAUUAUUUAGACUAUGGAGAGGUACUGGUGCAAGCCUAGCAUUGGCCGUGCCAACGGUUGGAAUAUAUCUACCUUCUUAUGAUUUAUUGCGCAACUGGAUUGAAGAAUACUCGGAUCAUAAUUUUCCACAACUAAGGCCAUAUGCCCCUCUUAUUUCGGGCUCUAUUGCACGAUCUCUGGCAUGCAUAACUUGUUCGCCUAUUGAAUUAGCAAGGACACGUAUGCAGGCCUUUAAAGAAUCAAAUGUUGGAGGGAAACCCCCUGGAAUGUGGAAGACUUUGCUUGGUGUGCUUUCAUCGAGACAAAGCAUCAGUAGCCCUGAAAACUUUCGGGGAUACCACCUCCUAUGGACUGGUCUAGGAGCACAACUAGCACGUGAUGUCCCCUUCUCAGCUAUAUGUUGGACAGUUCUUGAACCAACUAGAAGACACUUGACAGGAUUAGUUGGUGACAAAAGCAAUGCAGCAGUUAUAUUGGGGGCAAACUUUUCAGCAGGAUUCAUUGCUGGGGUUAUCUCUGCUGGUGCUACCUGCCCUCUUGAUGUUGCCAAGACACGCAGACAAAUAGAGAAGGAUCCUGAAAGGAUAUUAAACAUGAACACAAGGCGCAUAUUGUUGGAGGUUUGGAGGAAGGAAGGUAUCAACGGUCUGUUCAGGGGUGCAGGCCCUCGUAUGGGACGCGCAGGGCCUUCGGUGGGCAUCGUCGUCUCCUCUUAUGAGGUUGUGAAGCACAUCUUGCACAGAAAACAUGCGCAGCUAUGAUGAACUCUAAGAGGUCGUCGUGCUUAGACCUGCACACCAGCUGAAGCUUUUGACGACAUACGAUUCUUUCUUCUUCACCUACACGCGAACUAGAUCGCACCUUGUACUCCGUUGAAGACUCCAGAGUCUGUUUUACGAUUGCCUGAUUUCCUUCUCAGGAAGAAGAGAUAGGAAUGUCGCCCUUCUAAUAAAGGGGCAGAAUGCCCAAAAUGUUUCUCAUUACAUACCUCUCCACCUGUAUAUCAAUUUACACUACAACUGUUUCUUCAUAAAUAUCAGGUCGUAUCAUAGGCCAAUCAGAUCA